AUGACCAGCGUGUCAAUUGGUAAUGAGUUGAAGGACUCUUUCAAGGAGACGUCCAAUUGGGUCAACAAUAACGUUCAGUUUUUGUCGGACGUUGAACAGUUCUACAGACAGAGGAUUCAGAUCGAGAGGGAGUACAGCUCACAGUUACAGAAGCUAACCUCUGAAUAUCUAAAGAAAAAGGCGAACCGAUCAAUUGCCGUGUCUGUUGGAGAUGAGCCGAAGAUCACGCCUGGAUCUCUAGAAUCCGCAACGUUGGUGGCCUGGACAGAGGUGCUUUCAAAGACAGAGGCCGUGGCUAAGAACCACGACACUUUCGCCAACGAGUUGAACUUCAAAGUUGCCGAUCAGAUACUCUCGCUGCAAAGAUCCACAGAUGCUAUGCAGCAGCGUCUCUUACAAUUCUACCAGGGAACGCUGUUGAAGAAAAAAGAUGAUAUAUUCGAGCAAGUGACGAGGGCAAAGAAGUCAUAUGACGAAUCCUGUGAGAGUAUGGAGUCCAAUAGAGCAAAGUCUGAGAAGUCCUUCAACAAGGAAAAAUACCAAAAGAAGGCACACGAGAAGGAGGUGGAUAUGAACAUUGCCAAGAACAACUAUCUGCUGAAGAUCAACAUUGCUAAUCGUAUAAAGGAUAAAUUUUACUACCAGGAUCUACCAGAGGUCUUGGACCUGUUUCAAGACCUGAACGAGUUCAAGACAAUGCAGUGGAAUUUCCUCUUGACACUUGGUUCGACAGCCGAAAUUAACAUGGAGAAUAAGAAUAUAGAGCUGUUUAAUGCUGCGAUCAAAGUGAUUGGUGAAAAUAAUCCACAGUUGGACACGCAGAUGUUCAUAAAACAUAACGUUUCACAAUGGGCAGAGCCUCAAGAUUUCUACUAUAUCCCGUCUUCUAUUUGGCACGAUGAUGAACAGUUCAGAUCUGGUGAUGAGGAAGUGCAAGCACUGAGAAGGAACUUGGUGCUUGCUCACAAGUCCUUGAGCCAAGUUGAUGAAUCCUUGGAGUCCGGUAGGGAAAGGCUGAAUUCUUUAUCAACGCAAAAGGCCCAGUGUAAGGGCAAAUCUAUAAACGACUUUGAGAUAAAGCCCUCUCUAGAUCUGGUGAACCAAUACCUCGUCACACUAUCGCAGUUUGUCAUUGAAGAGAACUCCAAAGUUAGUGCACAGGUGGAGAUUGAAACUAUUGAGAAUAACGUUGGCGAUAAGGACCUCUCAAUUGACAAUUUAACCGUGACAACGAAGAAGCGUGGGUUUUUCUCAAGAUUAAAAGGUGCCAGUGCUGAAAAGGACGUGGUUAGGGACUCUUCUGACGCAUUCGAUGAUAGUCGAAGUAUCAUGUCCUCGCAAACGUCAAAAUCGCACCAUUCGACGCAUUUCAAACUGGGCUCGCUGUUGCGACCACGCACUACCUCUGUAUCGACGAGUGCGACCGGUGGUGACCCAAUUGGAGCCAGUUCAGGCUCUUCUACUCUGCAGGGGACCGCAAUGUACGCCUAUGAGGCACAAGGUGACGAUGAGCUGUCGUUACAAGCUGGCGAAACGUUUAACGUCAUCGCCCCAGAUGACGGCUCUGGAUGGACAGAGGUUACCAUCAACGGGGCUCAAGGCCUCGUGCCAACGUCGUACAUCCAAGUGUCCACCGUCAGCACCCCAUCCUUGACCAAGAAGAAGGGCCCAGAGGUCACACCAAGAAGAGGAGCAAAGAAGAUACAGUACUGUGUAGCCAAAUUCCCCUACACUGCGGAGGACGACACCGAAUUGACCAUUGCAGAAGGUGACCGUAUAGAGGUCAUCAAGGGAGACGAUGGCGGGUGGACAACAGGAGACCUUGGUGGUAGAACAGGACUGUUUCCAACCAGCUAUGUCGAGUUCCAAUGA